UGAUGCCCCUCUUCCCGGCGUGCCCUGCGGCGCGGGUGCCGGACCCGGAAGUUCCGGGUCGCGUCGCUGGUGCCGACCCGGGUGCCCGCGUGUCCUGUCCAGUGCGCUCGGAAACUGCGGACAUGGCGGCGUCCGGCCCAGCGCUGUGCCUCUUCGAUGUGGAUGGGACCCUGACGGCCCCGCGGCAGAAAAUUACCAAAGAAAUGGAUGACUUUCUACAGAAAUUGAGGCAGAAGAUCAAAAUUGGAGUGGUAGGCGGGUCGGACUUUGAGAAAGUACAGGAGCAACUUGGAAAUGACGUGGUUGAGAAAUAUGAUUAUGUGUUUCCAGAAAAUGGCUUGGUAGCGUACAAAGAUGGGAAACUAUUGUGUAAACAGAAUAUUCAAGGUCACCUGGGUGAGCCCCUGAUCCAAGACUUGAUCAACUACUGCCUGAGCUACAUUGCAAAAAUUAAACUUCCCAAGAAAAGGGGUACUUUCAUUGAAUUCCGAAAUGGGAUGUUGAAUGUGUCCCCUGUUGGAAGAAGCUGCAGCCAGGAAGAACGCAUUGAAUUCUACGAGCUGGAUAAAAAAGAAAAUAUAAGACAAACCUUUGUAGCAGAUCUGCAGAAGGAGUUUGCGGGCAGAGGCCUCACGUUUUCCAUAGGAGGCCAGAUCAGCUUUGACGUCUUUCCUGAUGGAUGGGACAAGAGAUACUGCCUGAGACAUGUGGAAAAUGACGGUUAUAAGACCAUUUAUUUCUUUGGAGACAAAACCAUGCCAGGUGGCAAUGACCACGAGAUCUUCACCGACCCGAGAACCGUGGGAUACACCGUGACGGCGCCUGAGGACACUCGCAGGAUCUGUGAAGAGCUCUUCUCCUAAGGGAGGCCGGGAGGGGUCCCUUGGGGCCAAAGCCGCAGCCCCUUCGCACACACCCACUCCCAGCCUGGCUGCCUGCACUGUCCAGUCGUGCUCGGUGUGGACACUGGCCACCCUAGGCAGCAAGGUCACCCUCCACCCCCAGCAGGUCAUGCCCUUCUUCCAGUGCCAGAAGCAUCCAGAAGGGAGAGUGAGACAGAAAAGAACCUGUCCCCGUCCCCAUCCCCAGCCUAAGACCUACCUCAUACUGGCACGCUGUCACUGUACACAUGGGUUUUUGGAAACUCUGUCGUUCAGGAAUUCAGAAAGGACCAGUGUGCCUAGACUCACCCUCUUUAAGGGUCUUGAGAAACCAUAACUGUUAGCGUUUGGGCCCCGGUAUAGACACCAGCAGGGGAUGUUUGAUGAUUAGAAAGAACAGCUGUCCACACUGAGCCCUGGGACAGCAGCUGGAAUCGCCUCCCGUCUGAUGUGCCCUCCUGAGCUGAGCAAGGGCGGUGCUGGGAUGCUUCCUGUUUGUGAGCCCAGACCUCCAGUGGCCUGCCAGACUGCUGGCCAAGGAUCAACUGACCACGGGGUCCACACUUGGGCUGGCCCAGCGCUCAGGCGGCUCUGCAUUCACUACACUGAGCACCCUAGGCGCCCCCAGGCCUGAGCAGCUCACUGGGGCUGGCCUCAGACUUGACCAAGAAGACCCUCCCUGAGGGGGCCUGGCUCCUCGGGCAUCUGUACAGGAGUGAGCCACGCCUGCAGUGUCCGCUCCUUCCUGUGCCUCCACGUGAGGGUGGGAGCGCUGCUGCCCUCCCCUCCCCUCCACCUUCUGGGACUGAAGCAAGCCCCCCGCCUCCGGAGCACUGAGCUUUCCCAGAACGGUUCAGCCCGGAAACCCUGGGCUCCGCACCCACCUCGGGCUCCCCGCCACCCCACCCCAGGGCUCAGCACUAGGUGAGCCGGCUGCCUGGGACGGGGCCGUGAGCCAGCAGCAGCUGCAGGCCUGCCCGUGGCCCCACGUGGGUGCGUUCUCGGCAACUUCAGGACCAGCCAUCCUGUCAUCUGCCCUUGCUGGAUUUUGCAAAUGGUACUGUAAUGGCCUCUCAAAAUGAAGUGUAGCACACUAAAGCGGCUUGGC